AUGCCUAAGCAGAAAAGUAGUCUAACAAACAUGUAUACGUCAGUGCAACAUCUUCAAGAUGAUCCAUCUUUUCAAUUGGUUCCAACCUCGAACAGCUUCAGAGGCGUCGGAUGUGAUAGGGCUGUUAUUGUGUCUGCGUUCGCUGGGGAGUGGGCGCGGUGUCUGCCCGAGAUAAAUGCAACACCAUCCGAAGUGUGUUGUCGACGUGUCCUACAAUCUAGCCGACUUGUGCUGGCCUGA